UGCCGAGAGCGCCGCGCUGCCCAAGGGAGAAGCGGUGCCUCUGGAGUUGAAGGGCGGCAUGUGAGAGGAUUGUUAAAGCCUUUUUUUGCAGGACCCAUCAUGCCCUUCCGAUGUAGCAAGGAGAAAUCUAAGGAUGAAACUGCUUUGGAGAGCUAAAAUGAGCUCAAUUCAGGACUGGGGUGAAGAGGUAGAGGAAGGAGCGGUUUACCAUGUCACCUUGAAAAGAGUGCAGAUUCAACAGGCUGCCAAUAAAGGAGCGAGAUGGCUAGGGGUUGAAGGGGACCAACUACCCCCAGGGCAUACUGUCAGCCAGUAUGAGACAUGUAAGAUCCGGACAAUAAAAGCUGGUACCUUAGAGAAGCUUGUGGAGAACUUGCUGACAGCUUUUGGGGACAAUGAUUUUACCUACAUCAGCAUCUUUCUGUCAACGUACAGGGGCUUUGCCUCUACAAAAGAGGUACUGGAACUUCUCCUUGACAGAUAUGGAAACCUGGAAACCUCACACUGUGAAGAAGAUGGGAGUCAGAACUCUGCCGAGACCAAAACAGUACUCAGGAAUGCAAUAGCCUCUAUCCUAAGAGCCUGGUUAGACCAGUGCUCCGAAGACUUCCAGGAGCCACCCCAUUACCUUUGUUUGCAGAAACUGUUGGAUUAUCUGACACGGGUCAUGCCAGGGUCAGACCCAGAAAGAAGGGCGCGACACCUGUUGGAGCAAUUUCAGAAACAAGAUCUGGCCAAUGACAUUGGGAUCUAUGACACUCUUGCCCUUGAGGAAAGAAUGGAGAUUGGUGGAUCGGAAGAGUUCUCUUCUUUCCCGGAGGACCUUGUGGCAGAACAGCUAACCUACAUGGAUGCCAAACUGUUUAAGAGAGUGGUACCGCAUCACUGUUUGGGUUGCAUCUGGUCUCGGAGGGAUAAGAAAGAAAACAAGCACUUAGCCCCCACCAUCAGAGCCACCAUUGCGCAGUUCAAUGCCGUGACCAAAUGUGUCAUCAGAACCAUCCUGAAUGGCAAGGAGCUGAAGACGCAGCAGCGAGCCAAGAUCCUCGAGAAGUGGAUCAAUAUUGCGCAUGAAUGUAGGAUCCUGAAGAAUUUUUCCUCUUUGAGGGCCAUUGUUUCAGCUCUGCAGUCCAACUCCAUCUAUCGCUUAAAGAAGACAUGGGCGUGUGUCGCAAAGGACAAAAUGUUGAUGUUUGAAGAACUGUCGGAAAUUUUCUCAGACCACGACAACUAUUUGACAAGCCGGGAGUUGCUAAUGAAGGAAGGAACUUCUAAAUUUGCAAAUUUGGACAGCAGCGUGAAAGAGAACCAGAAGAGAACUCAGAGGCGGCUUCAAUUGCAGAAAGAUAUGGGCGUCAUGCAGGGCACCGUUCCUUACCUUGGUACUUUUCUGACUGACUUGACGAUGCUCGACACAGCCCUGCAAGACUACAUUGAGGGAGGGCUAAUAAAUUUUGAGAAGAGAAGGCGGGAGUUUGAAGUAAUCGCCCAAAUUAAGCUCUUGCAAUCCUCCUGUAACAGCUAUUGCAUGAUUUCAGACAGAAAAUUCAUCCAGUGGUUCAGGAGGCAGCGGCAUUUAACAGAGGAGGAGAGCUAUGCCCUUUCUUGUGAGGUUGAAGCAGCUGUUGACACAACGACCACAUCGCCAAAACCACGGAAGAGCAUGGUGAAGCGGCUGAGCCUGCUGUUUCUGGGAUCUGAUCUAAUUGCUAAUAGCACCCCUACCAAAGAGCAGCCCAAGUCCACUCCAAGUGGGAGCUCUGGGGAGAGCAUGGACUCCGUCAGCGUGUCGUCCUGCGAGUCAAACCACUCCGAGUCCGAGGAUGUCUGCAUCACUCCUACUGACACUUCCGAUGAGCCUCAGAAGAAGCUCUCAGAGUCUUCCUCCUCUUGUUCUUCCAUCCAUUCCAUGGACACUUCUUCCUCAGGAGUGUCGUCCUUCACCAACCCUCUCUCCUCUCCGCCAUUACUGGCCUGCAAUCCCAGAAUUCAUAAGCGCUCCAUCUCUGUCACCUCCAUUACCUCAACAGUUUCGCCUCCUGUUUACAAUCAACAGAACGAAGACACCUGCAUCAUCCGUAUCAGCGUUGAAGACAACAAUGGGAACAUGUAUAAGAGCAUUAUGUUGACCAGCCAAGACAAGACUCCGGCUGUCAUCCAGAGAGCGAUGUUGAAACACAACCUGGAGUCUGAUCCUGUGGAGGGUUAUGAGCUUGUGCAGGUCAUCUCAGAGGACAAAGAAUUAGUCAUCCCAGACAGUGCAAACGUUUUUUACGCUAUGAACAGCCAGGUGAACUUCGACUUCAUCCUACGGAAGAAAAACUCUCUCGAUGACCCAGUGACACUGAGAAGUCGUUCCAGCUUGACUCUUCCCAGGACCACCAAGAGGGGGUGCUGGAGCAACAGAAACAGCAAGAUCACCCUUUGAGAGUGGGGGAGCCAAAGCAAAAGAGACGGGAGUAUAAAGACAAGAAUGAAGACCACCCAGUAUUGCAAGGUCUCCGGAAACGAAUGUAUCAGUAUUCAGCUUUGGGAAAUCCAAAGCCCACGUUUGCUGUUCAGCAUGUGUACAUUUAGAUGCAGAUCGCAGACAAAACGGGACCGAGCAGAAAAGAGAACUACAGUCACCUUUAAUUUUUUUUUUUUUUGCACCGCGUUCAAUACAAGGCCACUUUGGGCUGGGAAAAGGAACUGGGCACCUUGACUGUGCAACCCUUCCAAGCCAGCUCUUCUAUAACGACUCUCAGUUCUCUCUCAUGCCAGUAUUAUUAAUUUGGAGUACUCUGGGUUUAUUUUUAUAAAUGAAAGAAAGCGAUUGCCAUUAAGCUCCACUUGUAUUUACAGGAGGAGGUGCCUAAGACUUGGCUGAAUUAUAACAGCAAAUAGAUGGUGCAGGUGGGCUGUUGGUCUGCUGUUUCAAAAGAUGCGGCAGAGCGGCUGCCAAAAAUAAGGAAGACCGUCAUUCUCAUGUCAUCCUUCCUUAGUCUCUGAAGGCACAUCAGGCAGUUUCAUUCUAUGGGCUGGUUUUCCCAGCCACAUGAUCCAAGCUGGAACCAAGGGCAAUCCCUCCCAAAGAACAUUUAGCAAAUACAGGAAUGCCCUUUUUUGUGCUAGAGAAGAAGGCAAGAAAAUGCAGACACUACUCUUCUUAAUGCCACUACAUUGUUUUCCUUAUGUUACGCUAAUCUAUUUAUCAAAAAAAAAAAGUCAUGGUAUAUAUCUUUGGAGUGUGCAAUUUUACACCCCUUCAGGUGUGGAGCAGUUUACCUGCAUUCAGCCACAUUGGCAUUAUGGUAAACAGUAUAAUCCUUUUUAUAACUGAUUGACAAAAAGAAAAACACAUACACACAGAGCUGUACUUAGUAGCCAGCAUCUGAGAAUACCACAACUCUUUACGAUGCUUGUGGAAUUUGUCAUGCUUAAAAACACCCUAUGGACUCCCUCUUCUCCUAGAAUGCAUCUCUUAAUUAGAUAGCUUCCUGACAUGGUACAGCCUUAAAAGGUUAAAGAAUUUAGCUUUUUUUUUUUCUAGAGGCCUACCCUGAUCUACCAAGCUGCUAUUCUUGGGGGACUUUCUUUGAGAUACGUACAAAACGACAAGGGAGGUGACAGCCCUCCCUUCAGAGCACAAGCUACAGUGGUGCAGAAUCACAGCAACGGUUGACUUUAAAGCCAUAAGGAGACAUUGGACUGUGACCUGCUCAGCUUUGACUAGUGAGGUGGUACAGAGGAUAGGAAGAGGUGGUCAAUACCCAGCGGUAGGGGAACCCUACGCCCUUACUGGCAAGUUGUCCUGUACCACUAUGGCUGCCUUGUGUCCCUUGCUAGUAGGGUAUGUGAGGGCUCCCUCUCUUCCCACAGCAGUCUUCACUCUGCGGCGAUGGUGCCCUACCAUCCUUGGCUGUUGCUGGAAAGGUCCUUUUCCUAUAUAGGUUUUUUUCCCCCAGAAUGCCUUUGGAAGAAUGACAGAAUGGCCCCACUCAAGCAAGUAUGUGGAAGCAGGUUGCUUUGAAUUCAGUGGGACUGAUUUCUUGUAAGUAAGCUACAGGUUGCAGUCAUAGCUAUGCAAGGAAAGACAGGUGCUGCUUUAGUUGUGGGGUCUGUGACCAAGACCUGAAAAUCUCGACCUCCUGCAAAAUGCCUGUCGUAAGCCAAUGGAACUGGACGGCCUUGCCUCCCUUCAUACUGCAGACUGCUUUUGAAAUUCCUCUGAUCCAAAGGCAGUUUGCCAUAAGGAGACAGGAUGAACACGCUGCUGUUUAAGACCAACUCAAAGGCCCUCUGGGGCUCAUGGAAUCACAUGCGUGAUCCUUGGGGCCCUGGCUUAUAUAUCUUAUGCCAUACCACUUAGCGUUGGUCAGAGCUGUGUAUAUGCUGCAAUUGUGCAGAGGUUCAAGGAAAAGUGCAGAACCCAAUCUUGGGUGCAGAGUUCAGCUUCUGAAAAAUCUUAGCUUUAAUAUAUGGAACAGUAUGGGUCAUGCCCACUGGAAGAGGUUGACCUCUGAUUUGCAGUUACACCAUGUAACACCAAGUUUGCAUAAUGGGAUUCACAGACUUCAGCUUUUCUUGCUGCAGAACAUGAAUUAUUCAGGCCAAAACCCUGUGUUUUUGGAACACCAUAUAGACAGUCCUGACCAUCAUUUACCAAUAUGUAUUCUUUUAAAAUCUGGCCUUAUCAGAUCAUAAUGGUGACUUAUUUUGCACUAUGUUGAGCUCCUUUUUUUUUCAAACAAAUUCUGUUCUGGUCUGCGUGCUUAAAAUCCCCCAUAAUGAUGUUGCCUAGAGGAAUCAACGGUUUAAUUCAAAACUGAGCCUUAAACAUAUCCAGAGCUGGGACAGAUUUUCACCAGGUCCAUUUUCUUUGAUUUCUGAGUGAAAGAAAAGCAGUGCUCGAAUGUGUUUUGUGUGUGGGAAGGAUAUGCACAUACACUCUGUACAUAGUUGUAGAAUCAGUUAGAUUUUUUAUAUUGUUAAGCUUGUAAUGAUAAGAUUGUCUUUUUAAACAAAGGUGAGAAUUAUUAA